AUGCAACUAGAAGGGAUGCAUGAUAUUAUCAUGCAAGUAGUAUCAGACGAAAACUGGCCAAUCAUAGCCUUAGGACAUUCAGUAGAACCGAAAGAAGCCAAAGUUUGGGUCUCAAGGAAAGUAAAUGUAAAGUUAAAAGAAAAAUUUGACUCUGAUCUUUCCAUAAUUCUUUGCAGAAAUAGUCAACAAGAGGGCGACAGUACAUUGCAAUUUCAUGAAUGCCCUAAUCAUAUACUAUCAAAGUCCAAGGAGUUUGCAAACAAUCUUGGAUUUCCUUACCAAGGUUUCACGCGAGAACUCUCAUUAGAUACUGCUGUCAACAAUGAAUUGUGCCAACUUGUUAAUGGCAGAAAAGUAACAAAGAGCGCUAAUGUACCAUCAGAUCUUGUACAGUCCUGGAAUAUCUAUAGAGCCUUGAUUACAAAUGCCAUAUACAACCAAAGUCUACAAAGCGGGGCCAGCCAAUGUCUGUCCGAAGCUUUCACUGAACCUGCAGGCUGUUAUACCAACCCAAUCUGUGCAUCGACUUUACAAGAGCUUCAAGAAUCAUUAGUUACAAACAUCCGCCAGUUGUUGAAAAGCCACCUCCCAGACAAAGUGACUUUCGCUACUCUAUCAGCACACCCUGAGAAGCAUAUCUCUGCAUUUUCGCAAAUCUUGUUCGAGUAUGAGCUAAAACAUACAAACCAUAAUCCCUUCGUUCUAUUAGUGCAAAUGCACUAUCCUGCUUUUUGUCCCGACCACUACCAAGAGGAUGCAAUAACCAAAUGGCAACAAUCAAAUCAUGUUUGGAAAUUUAAUAAGAUCAAAUGGAUUUUUCCAUUGAUUGCCUAUUCUACAAGAGGAACCCAACUCCCAUCGAAGGCCGACAAGACCAUGCAGCUCAAGUUGGGCAGAAAAAGCAAAAUGGAAUUGAAGCCAUUGAAAGUCAUAUACCAUCCCACAAGACAAUCUCCCAUGCAACAUAUGUUGACCGCGUACAGUAUAUUUUCGCUCACCUGGACAUGUUAUAUGAUAUUUAUGGCAUUAGCACUGCCAAAUAUCAGUUUCUUUGAUAUCAAAGGUCCCAGAAAGCUUCCGAGCAAAUGGUGA